AUGGUGGAAGGUAAUUGCAGUGCUGUGAUCCAGAGGAUUCUACCAAAGAAGUUUAAAGACCCAGGGAGUGUGACCAUCCCAUGUUUUAUUGGGGAGGUGUUAGUGGGUAAAGCUCUCCUUGAUCUGGGGGCAAGCAUCAAUUUGAUGCCUCUCUCUAUGUGUCGAAGAAUAAAAAAUUUGAGGGUUGCUCCUACUAAAAUGAAUUUUCAACUAACAGACCGCUCCAUUAUCAGACCAUAUGGUGUAGUUGAAGAUGCCCUGGUUAAAGUUCGUCAAUUCACUUUUUCGGUGGACUUUGUGAUAAUGGACAUAGAAGAGGAUUCGGAUAUUCCCUUGAUAUUGGGCAGACCAUUCAUGCUUACUGCAAAAUAUAUUGUGGACAUGGGGAAUGACAACUUAGAGAUGAGUGUGGAGGACUAG